AUGUCAAGCAUCAUAUCCAUUAAGAAUGCUCUCUUUAAGCCUUCCUUAGCAAAGAACAUCCCUGCUGUAUACCCUAAGGCGAUUGGUCUAAAUAUCAAAUCUAAUGAAACUUGGGCAUGUUAUGGAUCGGGUAAGACCACCAUGUUGAAAAUUCUUUCCAACAAAUUUUAUAUACCUUAUCCUAUGGCUAGUGAGACUUUCAGAUAUGGUGCAGGGAUAAAAAAUGUAAAAUUAUUUCAAUUCAACAGUAAUAUUCCAAUCAAUGAAUGCCUUUCUACUAGGUAUGAACAUUUCAAAGAUUCAUAUUUCGAUCAAACAUGUAAGCAAUAUAUAUCUAAUCCCACAGGUAAUAAUUCACGAUUAUAUGAAUCUAUUGUAGAUGCUUUCCAAAUUGAAGAAUUAUUAGAUAGAUGGGUGAUGGGGUUGAGUAAUGGCCAAAUGAGACGUGCUCGUAUGGCCAAAGUAUUAUUGAGCAAGCCAGAUGUGUUAUUGAUAGAUGAACCCUUUUUAGGAUUAGAUCCAGCCACAAUUAAGAAAGUUUCCAAGUUUUUCCAAGAAUAUAGUUCUAAAAAUAAUCAAUUAAUUAUUGGUAUGAGAGAACAAGACGAAUUACCGGAAUGGAUUAGCCAUGUUAUUGGAGUAGAAGAAGAUAAAGGUGUAAUUUUCCACGGGAGUAUUCAAGAAUGUUAUAAGCAAUUCCAUCAAUUAAGAGAUGAUAUGAAGAAAAAUGAAUUGCCAACUAUUGAAUUAUUCAAUCAAGAAUAUCAUAAGAAGAUGCAAAAUUGUCAAAGAAAAGAGGUUCCAAUUUUUGAAAUGAGAAACAUGACAGUUUCUUAUAGUGAUAGCAAAGUGCCUGUAUUUGAGAAUAUGAACUUGAAGAUACAUGAAGGAGAGAAAUGGCAUAUCCAGGGAGCCAAUGGGACCGGUAAAUCGACAUUGCUCUCAUUAAUCACAGCAGACCAUCCAAAAUCAUGGAAUUCGCAUAUUUGGCAAGACGGUCAACCAAGGAAAAGUGGUCGCUGCAAUUAUUUUGAUAUCAAUGCUGAUAUCGCAAUGUCAUCUCCAGAGCUUCAUGCCAUUUAUUUACAAAGAGGUAAGGAAUAUUCUAUAGAAGAGACAUUGUCUAGUGGGUUGCAUGACAAUUCUUCCAAUAAUUUUGCUCCUAUGUGGAAUAAACUGGAUAAAUUACAACAAGAAAGGAUUACUAAGAUCAUUUCUGAGUUGCGCUUACUAUCAUCUACAACUAAGUUUGGUAUGCUAUCUACUAGUGAACAAAAAGUAAUUCUUUUAGCGCGUGCUCUUCUCAAGAAUCCUCGUAUUCUUAUCCUAGAUGAAGCCCUCUCAGGGAUGCAUUCAGUUCAUCGUGACUGGGCAUUACGCCAGUUAGCAGCAUGGCCCGGCACAAUGUUAGCUGUGGCCCAUUGUCCCGAAGAAACUCCCUCUUGUACCCACCAAAUAGACCUCGGCAUAGCUAAAUCUAACUAG